AUGGAAGUCAAUUUCGAAUUCGAGUGUACUCGGUUUGCGACGCAGAUCAUAUUUCGGAGAGACCCUAGCUUGAAAAUGCGGAAACUCACCGGGUCCAUCAUCUCAACAACCCACGAAGAUGGAAAGGAGAAUGCUAGUUGGACUAUAUCCGACAUUGAGACACUGAAUGAGACGGAGUUCGAGAACAUGAUGACUGAGGUUCAUCUAGCGAUGGGACUAUCAACGGCCAUGGAAUAUAACCUGCCCACAUUUUCCUCGGAUGUCCUUCGGUUGGAGAUUCAUGGACCUCACGAAAGUCAUCUCGGUGUGAUUGAUGUUCCGGGAAUUUUUAAAACUACGACACCUGGUUUGACUUCAAAAUCAGACAUCACCCUCGUGAGGGACAUGGUACUCAAUUACAUGCGAAAUCCGCGGUCAAUUAUGCUUGUCGUUAUACCAGAAAAUGGGUUUUAG